ACAAAGACAGAAAGCCUGCGCUGAUUGCUUUGCAGCCAACCACAGGAGCUGCUGGCUGUGUUUUGGAGGAGGAGGAGGAGGGUUGGUUCGUGUCAGGGGAGCCGAGGUGAGUGGAGAUGCGCCACUGCCCUCCGGACUCGCCCAUCCCGAACCUUGCCUGGAGAAGUUGAGGUGAUGCCGUUGCGAGGACCCGUCUCUGUUUUCUUUCACUUCUCGAUUUUAAGAUCCCCCCACCUCUUCCUCCUCCUAUUUCUCUUCCUCUUCCUCCUCCUCCUCAACUUGGAUGGCUGGAGCGGCUCGUCCUGCGCUCUUGCUCGCCGCCGCGGAGAGAUGUAAGGUCUGGGCCGUCCACCGCCUCACAGUGCGCGGAGCAGCGGCGUGAUUCAGGUCGCUAUCUGACAGAAAGAGAGAGAGAGAAACACACACACAGAGAGAGAAAUAGGAGGGUUAAAAAAAGAGGAAAAAACUACUUUGGAGAUGUGAAUGAUCGCGGGUUUGCUGCUCAUCCCACCAGCUCGCCUGUCCUAUGCGAUCGACAGCGGGAUGUGAAGAGGAAAAUGAUUGGAGCAUAAACUAUUCCCUGUCACAGCUGCAGCCGCUGAAGUGGAAAGGGUGGAUGGUUAUUUCGCAAACACUUCAAGCCUAUGUAUACUACUGCAUUCAUUUGUUGGAAACGCUUCCUUGUAUCUUCGAGAACAGCGCAGGAGGAAUGCUGCUCCGAGAUCUGAUGCCAUUUACUUUAAGUUUUUGGCCUUUUUUCAUCGCUCAUUGCCUCCUGUCACAGCUUUUACUCUCAUGCAAGGGAGAGAUCCAGAGGUCAUGCUCGUGGACGGUGGCGGAGAAAGUUGGCGAACAGUGCCAGGUGGCGUGCCACUGUAGGAGAUACCCUCCCCUCCCUCCGCCUCCGCCUCCUCCGCCGCCUCCUCGGCUUCUGGGAGCCACAGUGGCGGAGCCCAUGGUGCCGCUGUUGAGGCCCUGGUGGAGGGAAGUGGACGUUGUCGUGCUUGGGACAGUGAGCUGUGCCUCAGUCAUCUUCCUCCUUUCUGCCGUCAUCAUCUGCUACAAGGCGAUCAAAAGGAAACCACUGCGAAAGGAGGAAAACGGGACGAGUCGCGGGGAAUACGCCAUGAGCAUCCGCAACAAGAAGGCCAUGGGUACAAACAACACUGUGGUAUAGACUUUUCUCCUGGUCCAGGAAGUAAUCACCAUCAUGUCCACAUCAUGUCUCCUGAAAACAACAGACCCUUUCAAAACCUUAGCGCAUCAUGGGUUCACCAGAAGCUUUCAGACAGGUAAACCUCUCCUCUUUGUUUGGCAUUUAGCCCGGACUGAUGACGCCCUUUCGCUCAAGAGGAGCUGAAAAAAGACGGAAAGCAGAGCAAAAUCGGAGCAGAAAAGACAGAGACAGGAUCCACAACUCCCUGUGGUGUCAAAAGUGGCACAGCAGACCGGGCAUUAUGCUUUUAGUAACAGCAAGUGUUGCUGACAGGCUGGUUGGCUGCAGGCUGGAGAGGAGCUUUCUGCCAGUCUGCAGCAGAUCCAGACCUCACGCACUGUUGACGUCUGCAGCGGGACAACAGGCAACCAGACAGGGCAACCAACAACAUGCAUGAUGUUUUUACAGAGAAUGAAAGAUUUUUUAUAACCCUCCUCUCUGUCACGGUGUCCACCUUUUGUUCUCCGCUUUACCACACGCUUUGUGAAAGGCAGGAUCUGCCUCUGAGAUGUGGAUUCAUCUGACUAUGCAAUAUAAAGAAAUUAAUAUUUAACAGAGAAGAAGAGCAGCAACAUCAACACGGGACGUCCUGGUUGUUUUACCACACCAAAAAAAGAGACUUCUGUUCCCUGUAAUAUAUUUUAAGUCAUUCAUUUAUUUAUUUUAUUUAACUAUCUUCAAAUUUAUUUUUAUACUUAAAGAAAACUGUCCUGUAAUUUACACACAUGCUUACAAAUCUUGGACUUUUUGAUGAAUUUGUCUUUUUUCUUGAUUGCUCCGUUUUUUUAAGCAAAUAAUUUGUAAACUAUGUUAAUCACUAGUGAUCUUCCUGUCAGUCUGCUGAGACUCUGGUUUUUCUCUCUGGGUGUUGAGAUGCAGACAAGGAAAGAAGAAGUGAGGUCCCUGCUUACAUCGGAUUUAUAAGGGAAAUUAGCCGCCAGGUUGCUGAUCAUGCUGAUCCACACUGCAAAAAACAGAGAAUCUUACCAAGUAAUUUUGGUCUAGUUUCUAGCAAAUGUCUUAGUAGUACACCCAAAAUAAGACAAAACGAACUUGCAAAUAACUUUUCGGUAUAAAAUACAGGCUUAUUUUAAGUUCAUAUUUAUUUAAUAUUGAUGAAAAAGUCUAGUUCUGGCAGAUUAUUUCACUGAUAACACUGGAAAAACAUGUUGUUAUAAGUUGCAAGCACAACUGCAUAUCUACAAAAUAAUGCCUGAAAAAUAAGAAGAAUCAAGGUUUCACAAUGGCCUAGUCAAAUCCCAGGCUUCAGCCUUUUUGAAAAGUUGGUUGGGAAUUUCAGAGCAUUGCCAAUGAUGAGACAGAAUGGAGCUCCAACUUAAAACAAUGAGUUAAUUUGUUCCAUGUGAUAAAAUUAAGUUGAUAAAACUUGCUUUAUUUAAGCUUUUUUUUUUCAAAUAAACUUAAUAUAUUUACUUGUAUAACCUCAAUUUGGUUACUUGUGACAAAUUGACAACAUUUUUAAAGUGAAAUCACCUAUUUACUUUUUUCAGUGUGGGCAAUAAUAAUGUAAAAGUCACUAAACCACUGCUUUGUUGCUGCUAAUGAUGGCUGCAAAAGCUCCUGAAUCAAGGGGUGCACUUACUUUAUUUUACCCAUGUCUGUAUUUCAGCUCACCAGACUUUCUGUCAGGGCCUGGAUGAUGUGUCACGUGAAUGUGUGUUUCCAGACGUUUUUACUGUAUCUUAACGGUUUGUUUCCAGCGAUCAGCCGGUACGGAGAGAAAUUUGUUCCAAUAUUACUGUGAGCAAAGACGUUAAGUUUAAAACAUUUAAUUGGGAAAAAUAAAUGUCAAACAUUAAAUAUAAAUUAAAUAUGUGUGUCAAUGCAGUUUGACAUUUUUUCAGAUUUUAUUUUUUCAAAUUAUUAUUAUUUUUUUUUUUCAAAUUAUUUUGAAAAACAAGGACCAAAACUUUCUGUCCAAGCUGUCCAAUUAAAAAGCUGUUGCUAACAGCCAAUCAACCAAUAAAAAUCUUGGAGGAAAUCUUAAUUUUUUUGGAGGAAAAAAGAUAUAAUAUAUACAAAUACAUAAAUAAAAUAUGAAAAGUAUCAAACUGCAAAAAGUUAGCACAACUUUUGGAUAAAUAUUGCAAAUUACUAAGUAAAUAGAAGUUUUUUUAAUUCAAAUUUUUUAAACAAC